AUGCCUUUAGAUCCAACAUUCACAGCCUACACCCCCACCCAAGCCCAGACCUAUGCCCAGCACCGCCUCUCCUACCCAUUCAAACUCUACGACAUAAUCUUGAAACAUCACACAAAUACAGGCGGCAAACUCAAUGUGCUUGCAGAUGGGAGGAGAAUGAUCAAGACGGCUAGAUCGCUGUUUGACGAGGAGGUUAGUGUAGAAGGUGGUAUAUUGGGGAAGCUGCGGUUUGCGGUUUGUGAAGCGGAUGAGUGUGCGAGGGGGUUAGCUGCUAUGGUGGCACAUUGGUUCUCCAUGCCAUCCUUCUGGGUCCAAGCCGCUCAAGUCGUAAAGCCCAACGUCACCGUGGCCCUCUGGACAUGCUCUUCACUCUACUGCCAUCCAUCAACAUCCAACGCAGCAGCCGUAAAAAAAGCCUUCUUCCAUCUCGAACGUGACAUUCUGGCGCCGUACGAAUUACCGCCAAACCAGAUCUCGCGCAAUAGGUACGAUAAUCUUAUUUUACCCUGGCAAGUCAACGACCUAAUAGCCAGAUAUAUUCUGGCGGAAUCUUUCCCCGAAAAAGAUUUCGUCCGUCUCGAAUGGGAUAGAGAUGGCAUCCUCACCAACGGGGAGGACUUCUUCCUAGCUAGUAAAGACGAAAACAAUGGGGAGACACAUUAA